AUGAGAGACAGUGUAACAGUUGGUCUCAUAGCUUAUUCACUUGUUCAUGCUUCAUCAUUCAUUGAUCCAUCUCUAUUUAUUGGCUCCGUUGAAGAUAGGGUGGUUGUUCUGGUCAUUGGCAGUGGCGGAAGGGAACAUGCUCUAUGCUAUGCCUUGAAGCGAUCUCCCUCUUGUGAUGCAGUCUUCUGUGCACCUGGAAAUGCUGGGAUUUCCAACUCAGGAGAUGCCACUUGUAUUUCAGACCUUGACAUCUCUGACAGCUCAGCAGUGAUCUCCUUCUGCUAUAAAUGGGGAGUAGGACUAGUUGUGGGGCCAGAGGCUCCUCUUGUUGCAGAAGCUGCUGCAUUAGAAGGUUCCAAGAACUUCAUGAAGAAUUUGUGUGACAAAUAUGGGAUUCCCACUGCUAAGAUUUGUCUGUUUAUUUUGAUCUCAGUUACACAAUAUCAAACAUUUACAGACCCUGCUGCUGCAAAGCAGUAUAUUCAAGACCAAGGGGCACCAAUUGUUAUAAAGGCGGACAGAUUGGCUGCUGGAAAAGGAGUUAUUGUUGCUAUGACAUUGGAUGAGGCAUGCGAAGCUGUUGACUCAAUGCUUGUCAAAGGUGCUUUUUGUUCAGCUGGUUCUCAGGUCAUUGUUGAAGAAUUUCUGGAAGGAGAAGAAGCAUCCCUCUUUGCUCUGGUUGAUGGAGAGAAUGACAUACCUCUAGAAUCUGCUCAGGACCACAAACGAGUUGGUGAUGGUGAUACAGGGCUGAAUACUGGUGGGAUGGGAGCAUACUGUCACGGACUUAGUUGUUUCCUAAGCUCGUGCGACACUUAG